UAGCAGAUGUCUUGCAGAUGUACCUGUGCUUUCUGGGAAAGGAAGAACUAUCGAAUAAAACCAGAAACGACUGGACCAGUCCCACUGUGCAGAAGAGCCACACGGUUUAAUAGAGCUUUAAGACUCAGAGGAAAGUCCUUCAUUAAGGAUUUUGUCACACCUGCUAUUAUUUGGCAUUAAACAUGUCAAAUCUCUUUUGUUGUUUUAUAAAGCAGAGUUGAAACGCUCAGUUAGGUCUCACUCAUUCGUGUGUGUGUGUGUGUGUGUGUGUGUGUGUGCUCAGUCCUAGCUACCAUGCGGGAUCUGAAGCGGAAGGAUAAGUUGGUUGAAGCAGCAGGAGAUGCGUAUAGUAAAACUCUGUCUCUGCUCACACUGGACGUCUGCAGCGAUGAGUCGGUCAAACAGUGUGUGAACAGUGUCAAAGAUCGACAUAUAGACAUACUGAUUAAUAACGCUGGCGUGGGUCUGGUGGGGCCGGUCGAGGCUAUCAGUCUGGACAACAUGAAGCAGGUGUUCGAGACCCAUUUCUUCGGGGUUGUGCGCAUGAUUAAAGAGGUGAUGCCCAACAUGAAGAGGAGACGCUCUGGACACAUCCUGGUCAUCAGCAGUGUGCUGGGCCUGCAUGGUGUGGCCUUCAAUGACGUUUACUCCGCGUCAACGUCAAGUGAGUCUCAGCGCUUAACACUGAACACACACUCCUGCAUUUCCUCUUCCUGUCAUGUGAUUUUCAGUAUGAUUCAUCACUUCUACAAGUUUCUGAUGGUGUUUGACUCAUUGCAUCAGGUGUCAAUGAUCGAGCCCGGGCCCGUAAACACUGAGUUUGAGCUGAAGCUGAUGACAGAAGUCUCUAAGAAAGAGUUUGCCGGUGCUGAUCCAGAGACGCUCCAUCACUUCAGGACCUGCUACCUGCCCACACAAGUCAACCUCUUCCAAGGUCUGGGACAAACACCUGAAGACAUCGCCAAGGUGCCAUAG